AUGUCGCGAGUAGCAGGCCGAACCGACUGGGCCGAGGAGGAGGAUGAAGACUCGCUCCAGCUCCCGCAGCAGCAAAUUACAAAGAACAAAGAUGGAACCGAGACUAUCACCACCUACUCGAUCCGUGACGAUGGCAAGAAAGUCAAAACUACGCGCCGCAUCAAGAAGACCACCAUCAAGCAAAUCGUCAACCCACGAGUCGCGGAGCGCAAGCACUGGGCCAAAUUUGGCGCCGAGAAGGGCAAACCUGCCGGACCGCAGACAGAUACCACCAGCGUCGCCGAGAAUAUUGCCUUCAGGCCGGUGGCGAACUGGAAGGCGAGCGCCGAGGACAAGAGCGAGACCGAGAAGAAGAAGAACAACCUGAAGGACGCGAAGAUCAAGUGCCGAAUCUGCAGCGGAGACCACUGGACAACCAAAUGUCCGUUCAGGGACACGAUGGCGCCGGAAGGAGAGGGCUCCACUGCCGGCCCCCUUGACGAUACUCCAGAAGCCGCAGGAGCGCUUGGAGGCGGAGGCUCUAGCUAUGUGCCUCCUCACCUCCGAGGUCGCGCAGGCGCAGGUGAGAAGAUGGGUGGCAAGUACGAGAGGGACGAUUUAGCCACGCUUCGAGUCACCAACGUCUCCGAGUUCGCCGAAGAACAAGACCUCCGCGACAUGUUCUCCCGCUUCGGUCACGUCACAAGGGUCUUCCUGGCCAAGGACAGGGAAACCCAAAGGGCAAAGGGUUUCGCUUUCGUCAGCUACGCCGACCGGUCUGAUGCCGCUAAAGCUUGUGAAAAGAUGGAUGGGUACGGCUUCGGUCACCUUAUCUUGCGAGUCGAGUUCGCUAAGAAAUCUACUUGAGUGUAAUGUAGUCCACUGUGUCUCUUGGUUUCAUCGUAGCUUUGCAUGGAUGGAAGCACAAAUCAGUGCUAAGAAAUUCUUCUGGCGUCAUUAGGCAUCUCACAAAGGACGGGUCACAGGCAGACUUGUAGUAUGACUUGAAAUGAUAUCAUUUGUUCAAACGAA